GUUUGAAUCCUUCCCAGACGGGAUGUUCUUCUAUGCAGCCAAGUGAAUGAGAGUGUCUUUCUAGAGUCAGAGGCAGCAAACCAAUAGAAAAGGGAAGGAGAUGGAAGAGAAGGACCCCGAAGGCCCUGGAACUGGCAAGACAUCCAGGAAAGGUCCCCAUCCUCUCCAAACAGGGAGUGGUGCUGAAUUCUGGGAAAGAGCCAUGCCAGAGGUCUUGGUUCAGGACCCUGUGACCCCAGAUGUACGCAGCCGAUGCUUCCGGCAGUUCUGUUACCAGGAGGCUGAUGGACCCCGAGAGGUUUGCAGCCGGCUCCACGGACUUUGUAAGGACUGGCUGGAGCCAGAGAGGCGCACCAAGAAGGAGAUGGUGGACCUGGUGAUCCUGGAGCAGUUCCUGGCCAUCCUGCCGCAGGAAGUGCAGGGCUGGGUGAGAGGAUGCGGGCCAGAGACCAGUUCCCAGGCAGUGGCCCUGGCCGAAGGUUUCCUCCUGAGUCAGGCAGAGGAGAAGAGGCAGGCACAGCAGAUGUGGGGAGGACCCGUGAAGGUGGAAGGAAGCUUCUCUGAGGCGGAAGGAGCUCCGUCGGAGGAAGGUCAGAGGGCGCAGACCCAGGAGCGUGCCCAAGAUGCCCCAUCAAGUGGCAGCGAAGAGACGUUAUCGAGCCCUUUCCUUUGCAGAGAAGUGGAAACGCCUCCUCAGCCUCUGCUCCAGUCUCCAUUUUCCUUUGAGGAGGUGGCCGUGAAUUUCUCCGUGGCGGAGUGGGGCCUGCUGGAUCUGGACCAAAAAGCCCUCUACAGAGAAGUCAUGCGGGAGAACUAUGGGAGUGUGGCUUUUCUGGCAGAUGUAGAGGAGACUGCUGGGGAAUUCCAGGAGUUCUCUUUGGAAAUAGUCAAGACUGAAGAUGCUGAAGAAAACUAUGGAGAUGGAUCACUGAGGCAGGAGGAAAGCCACGCAGCAGGAGGUGAUCAGAGGAAUGAGGAGGAUGAGGAACUGCAUCAUGUAUCACCAGAGGAUGUCAAGAAUGAAGAUGUGAGAAGAAACAUCAGGAUACAAAGCAAGUCUCAGAGGCAGAAAGUCAGCUUCUGGGUGAAGAAGAGGAAUAAAUCCAUUCCUUGCCAAGGGGGGGAUUUGCAAGAAGUAAUUCACAGGUUGGAGGAAACUUACAAGUGCUUGGAGUGUGGAAUGAACUUCUCAGAUCAAACCCAAUAUAAUAUACAUUUUUCAAAGCACAGUAUAAUGAAGGCAUGUAAAUGCUUUCGGUGUGGAAAGUACUUCAGAUACAAGUCACAACUCCUUGUGCACCAAAGAAUCCACAGAGCGGAGAAACAUUUUAAACACUCAAUGUCUGGAAAGAAAUUCAGCCAAAAGCACAUUCUUCAACAGCAUCAGAGAACACACAUUGGGGAGAAGCCUUUUGAAGGCUCGGACUGUGGGAAGAGGUUCAGUCGGAGUGGCCAUCUUCAAAGUCAUUUAAGAACCCACACAGGGGAGAAGCCUUUUGAAUGCUCAGAGUGUGGGAAGAGAUUUAGUCACAGUGGCAGCCUUCAAAAGCAUCUAGGAACCCACACAAGAGAGAACCUUUUUGAAUGUUCAGAGUGCGGGAGGAGAUUGAGUCAGAGUAGCAAUCUUCAAUAUCAUCUAAGAACCCACACAGGGGAGAAGCCUUUUGAAUGCUCAGACUGUGAGAAGAGGUUCAGUCAGAGUGGCGAUCUUCAAAGUCAUCUAAGAACCCACACGGGGGAGAAGCCUUUUGAAUGCUCAGAAUGUGGUAAGAGAUUCAGUCGUAAUAGCGAUCUUCACAAGCAUCAAAGAACCCACACAGGGGAGAAGCCUUUUGAAUGCUCAGACUGUGGGAAGAGGUUCAGUCAGAGUGGCAGCCUUCAACAUCAUCUAAGAACCCACACGGGGGAGAAACCUUUUGAAUGCUCAGAGUGUGGGAAGAGAUUCAGUCACAGUGGCAGCCUUCAAAAGCAUCUAGGAACCCACACAAGAGAGAACCUUUUUGAAUGCUCAGAGUGCGGGAAGAGAUUCAGUCAGAGUAGCAAUCUUCAAUAUCAUCUAAGAACCCACACAGGGGAGAAGCCUUUUGAAUGCUCAGACUGUGGGAAGAGGUUCAGUCAGAGUGGCCAUCUUCAAAGUCAUCUCAGAACCCACACGGGGGAGAAGCCUUUUGAAUGCUCAGAAUGUGGUAAGAGAUUCAGUCAUAAUAGCGAUCUUCACAAGCAUCAAAGAACCCACACAGGGGAGAAGCCUUUUGAAUGCUCAGACUGUGGGAAGAGGUUCAGUCAGAGUGGCAGCCUUCAACAUCAUCUAAGAACCCACACGGGGGAGAAGCCUUUUGAAUGCUCAGACUGUGGGAAGAAAUUCAGUGAAAGAAGCACUCUUCGAAAGCAUCAGAGAACCCACAUAGAGGAGAAACUGUUUGAAUGCUCGAAGUGUGGGAAGAGGUUCAGUCACAGUGGCCAUCUUCAACGUCAUCUAAGAACCCACACAGGGGAGAAGCCAUUUGAAUGCUCAGAGUGUGGAAAGAGGUUCAGUUAUACUAGCAAGCUUCAAUGUCAUCUAAGAACCCACACGGGGGAGAAGCCUUUUGAAUGCUCAGACUGUGGGAAGAGAUUCAGCCGCAGUGACCAUCAUCAAAGUCAUUGUAGAACCCACACAGGGGAGAAGCCUUUUGAAUGCUCACAGUGUGGGAAGAGAUUCAGUCAGAGUAGCAAUCUUCAAAGUCAUCUAAGAACCCACACGGGGGAGAAGCCUUUUGAAUGCUCAGAGUGUGGGAAGAGAUUCAGUCAGAAUAGCAAUCUUCAAAGUCAUCUAAGAACCCACACGGGGGAGAAGCCAUUUGAAUGCUCAGAGUGUGGGAAGAGGUUCAGUUAUACUAGCAAACUUCAAUGUCAUCUAAGAACCCACACGGGGGAGAAGCCUUUUGAAUGCUCAAAAUGUGAGAAGAGGUUUAGAGACAGGAGAAAUCUUCUACAGCAUGAAAGAACUCACACGGAGAGUAGCCUUUUGAACGCUCAUAGUGUGAGAGGAGAUUCAACCAAAGUGGUGCUCUUCUAAGUCAUCUAAGAAGCCACACAGGAGAGAAGCCUUUUGAAUGCUCAGUUUGUGGGAGGAGAUUCAGCCAAAUCGUGCUCUUCAAAGUCAUCUAAAAAGCCACACAGGGGAGAAGCCUUUUGAAUGCUUAGAGUUUGGGAAGAGAUUUAGUAACAGGAACAAUCUUCAAAAACAUCAAAGAAUCUACACAGGGAAUAAAGUUUUGGAGUAAAAAGAGA